AUGGAUCCCUUCAGCAUCACCGCCGGUGCUCUUGGAAUUACAGGAUUUGCUUUAUCCAGCAUCAAUAAUCUUCGGAGCCUUAUUGAUGGCCUCAAGGAAGCGGAAGAUGUGCUGCAAGAUGUUACAUCCAACUUGGAAGCCAUACAGCUUCCACUUUCCGCUCUCGAGGGCCUUCGGAUUUCUGAUAGGGCAACUUAUGAUGAAACGAAAAAUGAUCUGGAGAAGACUGGUGUCGCCGAAGCCGUGAAUAAUUGCGGGCAGGCAUGCGCGGAAUUUACAAAGAAGCUUGAGCAAUGGACCAAGCAUUCUAGCACUGCGAAGCUUUCCCUCAGAGAUCGACUAUCAGUCGGCUUGUGGAACAAGGAAAAGAUUCAGACGUUCAGGACGCAUGUUUCCUCUUGUCAGGCUAUCGUCCAGUUUGCCAUCGGGAGCGCCCAAUUGUUUAUACUGAUUCGAUCGGAAAAUGCAUCCACAACUUCACGGGAAGAGACAAAGAUGCAACUGCGGGUUCUCGAGACUUCUAUCCAAGAGAAUACCGAACUCAUAAAGAGGAAACAAGAUGAAGCUUUGCAGCGUAAGAAGGAACUUGAAAGUCCCGAGGACGAAGAUGAGGACGAUGACGGUGGCGCUCAACGAGCUCUAGCCAUUCAAGAGACCGAACAGCAAUCCCGCGUACUGGAAGCCGAGCAAACUGCCUCGAAGGCUGUGUCCCAAGUACUUUCGAAAUUGACCUUCUCGCCGGUUGCCACCACAUAUCACAAUAGUUUUUCAGGUGGUAAUACGGGUGUACAGGUCGGUCACAGCACGGGUACAAUCAAUUUCACUAGUACUCGCUCCUAG